UAGGAGGAAAAAAUCAAGUGAUAAGAAGGCAAAAAAUAAGUGUUUAAAUUUCCUACCACUGUGAUUCGGUUUUGACUGUUCUCUGUACUCACUAAAUGUGUGUAACCACGAUUUUUCUUUAUUUUAAUUGCAGAAUCAGAUUAUGAAUCUUAAAGUGUCCGUAGUUUUGUUACAUUUUUUCACCAUAUUGGUGCCAAUUGGCCAUAAUGCUGCCAAAUCGUUUAUUGUUGCAGCGAGUGAUAUUGAGCCAACAGAGUUAGUAACAUCGCAUAAUGAAUUCGAUCGCCUAAAAUCAAUAUCAAUUUUAUAUGGCAUUGUUGACAUAGCAUCAAAGCGUCCACAAGCGACAAGCCAAUGCCACCGAGAAUUGAAUCAAAUCUACGAUGGAAUUCAUCGGAAGGAAAUAUGGGCGAUAAAAGCUUUGGAUGCAUCUGCAAUGCCAGUUCCCGGAUUCGUACUUGGUCACAACUUUUGGAUGGGUUCAAUACAAGGUUGUCAAGCGGUACAAAACCCACUACCACUCACAAUAUCACAUCGUUUCACACGAUUUAGUCAUAGUGAUUUGUGGUCGGCAACUGCACCAUUUGAUAUCGGUUAUCGAAUGGUUUACGCAGAGCAUCGUUCGCCGUUCCAAGUUCAAGUGGAAUUCUUUUUAGAGACAAAUAAAAUACUUCAUGUGGGGCUUUGUCUACCCCGAUCCUGUUCCAAUGGUGAAAUUGCCAAUUUAACGCAAGAAUUCUUCGAUUCAUCCAUAUUGAGCGCUCAGAUUAUGCACGAUCACCAGCCAAAUGUGCUGCAAGUUAAGGAUCUUAAUGCCAAAACAAAUUUGAUGGAUAAAUGGAGCUUCCGAUUGAUUGGAUUCUGUGUGGGUUUCACAUUGUUAAUGAUGGUGAUCGCACACAUAAGAGAAGGCAGUAAGUAUGAUGAGGCCAUGAAAACAAGGCAUCUCGUUGAAACCCGAACCGAGACCAAUGACAUUGUGUCAUCUAGCCUUGUUACCGCUCCAUCUUCAAAUUCACCAGACUGUCCCCGAACCAGUACACCGAUGAAGCUGUUCCUCGAUGAAAUUGUCGAAUGUUAUUCACUGCGAAAGAAUAUUCGAAUGCUUGCCAGUGCCAAUGCUAAAAAGGCUGCCGAUGCGGUGCCCAUCGUUGAUGGUCUAAAAUCGUUUGGUUGUUUUUCAAUUGUGUUGUUCCACAUAUUCUGGUUCAAUCAUUUUACGGUGCAUAAUGCCACGAUGAUGUUUUCAUAUGGCGAACAGGACUUGUGGCAAUGGGUUAUGACAACAUUCAUCGUCCUUGAAGUUUUCUUCACCAUUAGUGGUCUUCUGUUAACAUACAAUUUCUUGUGCAAUCAAUCGAAGCUGGAUGAAAUUAAAAACAACAAUCUCUUGCAAAAUGUGAAAUUGUUUGGCAAACAGUUGUUACACAGAUACAUAAGACUGACGCCAAUGUAUUUGGUUGUUAUUGGCUGUGUGGAAAUCAUAACAUUGCGAUUGGUAGAAACAUCGCCGUUCUGGAUUCAUGAUCGAAACGAUGUGAACUGCUGUGAAUUUUGGUGGAGAAAUCUAUUGUAUAUCCAAAAUGUCUUCAACUCAGAAGAAAUGU